AUGGCCGGGCCGGGGCUCAGCGGGCGGGGGUUGGCGGGGUGUCCUCCCGCCCGGGACCAGCACCGGGACCGGGACGGGGGCCGGGACCAGGGCUGGCGGCGGCCCCCGCCCGCAGCAUCCUCCGCUCCGCUCUGCGCCGCGCCCGGCGCCGCCUCCGCGGCACCGCGGGGCUGCGACACACGGGGCGGGGCCGGGAGCGGCGACACGCCCCGACCCGCCCCGGAGCGGUCCGGCCCGGCCGUGGGGACGAGGGGACAGGCGCUGCCCCUGCCCCCCCUCGAUCACCCGGUGUCCCCCCCUCGGGUGCCACUUACCUGUCCCCCGCGGUGGUACACGCUGGGACACGAUCCCCAGUGGGUCGGUGAAGGGCAGCCCCAGGCUCCCCCUGCCCUCGGCCUGGCGGGGUUGCGGGUGGGGGGCACCCCUGGAUGCCCCCCGGGGGGUGUCCCACGGGGUUGGGGUCGAGGAGGGGGCUGCGGGGUGGGCGUUGGGGGACCCGUGUGUUCCUUCCCCCUUUGUCUCGGGUGGGCUGGAUCUGACAGCUUGUCCCCACAGACAGCCUUGAGCGCCUUCUUCCAGGAGACCAACAUUCCCAGCAGCCACCACCCCCCCCAGAUGAUGUGCACCCCCAGCAACACGCCGGCCACGCCGCCCAACUUCCCGGACGCGCUGGCCAUGUUCUCCAAGCUGCGGACCUCGGAGAGCCUCCAGAGCAGCAACAGCCCCAUCACCUCCAUGGCCUGCUCCCCCCCGGGCAGCUUCAGCCCCUUCUGGGCCUCCUCGCCCCCCAGCCACCAGCCCGCCUGGCUGCCCCCGUCCUCGCCCACCACCCACGGCCUCGCCCACCACCUGCACCACCCGCAGCCCUCCUGGCCCCCUGCCCCCCCGCCUGCAGCCCCCCCACAGAAAGCCGUGGCCACCAUGGAUGGCCAGAGAUAAGACUGGGGUUGGAGGAGGGUUGGGGGGAGGGUUUGAGGGAAGGGGGAGGGGGGUCUGGGCCGGGGCGUUGGGAGCAGGGGCUCGCCAAGAAACGCACUGGAAUAAUUUUCUAGGUUUUAUUAUUAUUUUUAAGGGGGGGGGGGGGUUUGGAGCACGUGCUGCUGGGGAGGGCACCAGCCUCUGAGUGCCUCUGCAAGAGUCGCUGGCUGGUCUUUUCUCCUCCCCUCCCCCCGUUUUUUUUUUAAAUAUAUAACUAUAAUAUAUAAAUAUAUCUAAUGUAUAUAAAU